UGCAAGGCAGGAGGGACAGGAUGACCCACGGUGCACCCCGUCCUGGCGCACGGCCUGGGAACCCAGCACCCUGCACCUGCGUCUGGUGGGGGUCACGUGGUUGCGACUUUCUCUUGGUGCCUCUCAGAUGGGGUCCCUGAGAUGGUGGGCGGGUGGCUGGUCAUCGCCUCUGACGGGGAACUUGGGGUUGCCGAGAACUGCCUGUGUGGGAGGAUCGUGCCGGGGGGUCGCCAUCUGCAGGACGUGGGGAUGAGUUGGGGGCUGUUGUGCUCAGUCCUGCGACUUCCCAGCAGCACCGUGCUUGAGCUCCCCACCCCCAUGGAUACCAGCCUGUCCUCACAGAGUGACCUGGCCAGCAGGGCUGGUCCUCAAGCCUGCCUGGAGACAGCCAGCGUCCAGGUGCUGCUUCCCUGGCUGGCAGUGGUGUCAGUUGAAGUGCUUGGUCAAGGACACUCCAUCCGGUCACCCACUGUCUCUUGGCAUGCCAUCCCUCUGCGUCAUUCAGUGGGCAGAGUGCCCUGUCCUGGGGCCCACCCCAGAGCACACCGCAGGUCCCCAGCCCCGCUCCUGGCGGCUGUGCACCAGCUCUCCUCUGUCCAGGCUGGUCCUCGGGUCCCUGCAUUUGUCGCAGACGUGCUGACCAAUGGGGAAGGGGACACUGAGGCUACUGCAGGAGAUGGGAACCCCAGGGAGAGCAGCCCUUUCCUCAGCAGCGUGGAGCUGGAGAGGGAGAGUCACUUGGAAGGGAAGAACAUGGCGCUUUUCGAGGAGGAGAUGGACAGCAACCCCAUGGUGUCCUCCCUGCUGAACAAGCUGGCCAACUACACCAACCUGAGCCAGGGCGUGGUGGAGCACGAGGAGGACGAGGACAGCCGGCGGAGGGAAGCCAAGGUACCGCCACGCCGCCCUGCCGCCUUGUCCCCGCCCGUCCCCACCCAUGCUGACCGCUGGCCGCAGGCAGCCCUGGCAGUGUCUAGUCAGGAUGCGCUCAGUGUCGCGUUCAGUGUCACCGCAGAUCAGCCUUUCCUUCCCGAGGUGCGGGCCUCAGCCGACACCUCAGGGGCGGGUAGCUGGAGACAGGGCCCUCCCUGGCUAACUGGACACCAUGAUGCCCCUGGGGAAGUGGACACUAGAUGGGGCCACCUGUACCCUGCUGGGUACACACCUAGAGGAGGUAUCCUUGUGCCCAUGAGUAGGCAUAGAUGGACCCUGCCUUUAGGGCUGGGCAGUGUCCCAGUCCGGGCUUCGCCUGCGGGUGCGAGAGGAAGCCUUGUGGUGGGCAGGAGAAGGCAGUGGCAGGGCCUGCGCCUCUUGAUCCUGGUCACUCAGGGGCUCCUCUGCGAUGAGGAGCCCGGGAGUGAGUGGCUGGGCCCCAGGCUGCCUGUCUCUCUACAGACGAUGCUGACCGCCAUCUCCAUGAGUGCCAUCGCUACCAACGGUGUGGUCCCAGCUGGAGGUUCGUACUACAUGAUAUCCCGCUCGCUGGGGCCUGAGUUUGGAGGGGCCGUGGGUCUCUGCUUCUACCUGGGCACCACCUUUGCAGGCGCCAUGUACAUCCUGGGCACCAUUGAGAUCUUCUUGACCUACAUCUCCCCCAGCGCGGCCAUCUUCCAGGCCACAGAGACGGGCGGCGAGGCCGCGGCGCUGCUGAACAACAUGCGUGUGUACGGCAGCUGCACGCUGGCCCUCAUGGCCAUGGUGGUCUUCGUGGGCGUGAAGUACGUCAACAAGCUGGCCCUGGUCUUCCUGGCCUGCGUGGUGCUCUCCAUCCUGGCCAUCUAUGCCGGUGUCAUCAAGACAGCCUUCGACCCGCCCGACAUCCCGGUCUGCCUCCUCGGGAACCGCACCCUGGCAAAGCGCACCUUCGAGGCCUGUGCCAAGACGCACGUCGCCAGCAACGGCACGGUGACCACCGCGCUCUGGAGCCUCUUCUGCAACAGCUCCAGCCCCGGCGCCUCCUGCGACGAGUACUUUGUGCAGAACAAUGUCACUGAGAUCCAGGGCAUCCCUGGUGUGGCCAGCGGUGUCCUCCUGGAUAACCUGUGGAGCGCGUACUCGGACAAGGGGGCCUUUGUGGAGAAGGAGGGCGUGCCGUCCGUGCCUGUGUCGGAGGAGAGCCGGGCCAGCGGGCUGCCGUACGUCCUCUCGGACAUCAUGACCUACUUCACCAUGCUCGUGGGCAUCUACUUCCCCUCCGUGACGGGUAUCAUGGCAGGAUCCAACCGUUCCGGGGACCUCAGGGACGCCCAGAAGUCCAUCCCCACAGGGACCAUCUUGGCCAUCGUCACCACGUCUUUUAUCUAUCUCUCCUGCAUAGUGCUUUUUGGGGCCUGCAUUGAAGGCGUGGUCUUGCGAGAUAAGUUUGGGGAAGCCCUGCAAGGGAACCUGGUCAUUGGCAUGCUGGCCUGGCCGUCCCCCUGGGUCAUUGUCAUCGGCUCCUUCUUCUCCACCUGUGGUGCUGGCCUGCAGAGCCUGACGGGGGCGCCCCGUCUGCUGCAGGCUAUCGCCCGUGAUGGCAUCGUCCCCUUCCUGCAGGUGUUCGGACAUGGGAAGGCCAACGGUGAGCCCACCUGGGCCCUGCUGCUCACAACCCUCAUCUGUGAAAUGGGCAUCCUCAUUGCCUCCCUGGACAGUGUGGCCCCCAUCCUGUCCAUGUUCUUCCUCAUGUGCUACAUGUUUGUGAACCUGGCCUGCGCUGUGCAGACCCUGCUGCGAACACCCAACUGGCGUCCACGCUUCAAGUACUACCACUGGACGCUGUCCUUCCUCGGCAUGAGCCUGUGCCUGGCCCUGAUGUUCAUCUGCUCCUGGUACUAUGCCCUCUUCGCCAUGCUCAUCGCCGGCUGCAUCUACAAGUACAUCGAGUACCGCGGGUGGAGGCCCUGCCUCAUGCUCCAGGCACCUCAGACACAGCCUGGCACCUGCCCCCUGCCCUUCCCGUUGAUGGCUGAGUCCAGCUACAUGUUGCCAUGGUCACUGCUGUCCCUCAGGCCCCAGGUGUUGGUGAUGUUGAACCUGGACGCUCAGCGCUGUGUGAAGCACCCCCGCCUGCUGUCCUUCGCCUCACAGCUGAAGGCCGGCAAGGGCCUCACCAUCGUGGGCUCAGUGCUGGAGGGCACCUACCUGGACCAGCACCUGGAGGCCCAGCAGGCUGAGGAGAACAUCCGGUUCCUGAUGGGCCUGGAGAAGACCAAGGGCUUCUGCCAGCUGGUGGUGUCCUCCAACCUGCGGGACGGCAUGUCGCACCUGAUCCAGUCGGCCGGCCUGGGGGGCAUGAAGCACAACACAGUGCUCAUGGCCUGGCCCGGGGCCUGGAAGCAGGAGGACAACCCUUUCUCCUGGAAGAACUUCGUCGACACUGUCCGCGACACCACAGCGGCCCAGCAGGCCUUGCUGGUAGCCAAGAACAUCGACUUGUUCCCGCAAAACCAGGAACGCUUCAGCGAGGGGAGCAUCGACGUGUGGUGGAUAGGACCCCUGCUCCGUCCCCAGGUGUGGCGGAAGUGCCGGAUGCGCAUCUUCACAGUGGCCCAGGUGGACGACAACAGCAUCCAGAUGAAGAAGGACCUGCAGGUGUUCCUGUACCACCUGAGGAUCAGCGCCGAGGUGGAGGUGGUGGAGAUGGUUGAGAACGACAUCUCUGCGUUCACCUAUGAGAAGACCCUGGUGAUGGAGCAGAGGUCCCAGAUGCUGAAGCAGAUGCAGCUGUCCAAGAACGAGCGGGAGAGAGAGGCCCAGCUGAUCCACGACAGGAACACUGCGUCCCAUGCCGCGGCGGCCACCAGGCCCCAGGCCCUGUCGGUCCCCGACAAGGUGCAGAUGACCUGGACGAAGGAGAAGCUGAUUGCGGAGAAGCACAGGAACAAGGAGGCCAGCACCCCUGGGUUCAAAGACCUCUUCAGCCUGAAGCCAGAAUGGGGAAACCUGGACCAGUCCAACGUCAGGAGGAUGCACACGGCCGUGAAGCUCAAUGGCGUUGUCCUCAGCAAGUCCCAGGACGCCCAGCUGGUCCUGCUGAACAUGCCGGGGCCCCCGAAAAACCGGCAGGGGGAUGAGAACUACAUGGAGUUCCUCGAGGUCUUGACCGAGGGGCUGAACAGGGUGCUUCUGGUCAGGGGCGGUGGCCGGGAGGUCAUCACCAUCUACUCCUAAGGCCUGAUGUCGGUGGGCGUGCCAGAUGGGGUGAGGACGGUGCCAGCCCAGCUCAGACUGACAGAUGCCACUCAGGCCACCUGACCUGCUGUACCUAGAGCCACCACCUGGGCUCCCUCCACGCAGAAGGCAUUCUAGGAAGUGCUGAGAGGGGCCGCACUGGAGGGCCCCCUGUAUCCGUCCAGGGCAGAGCUCCAUGUACCCAGCAACCUGGGAUUGACCACUGUCCACUGCCCAGCCUCAGCCAGACUGACUUUGCAUGUCAUUGACACCCCACACAGAACACUUAUGGCAGAGCAUACUUGUCCCCUGGGCCAAGGGCAGAAUGUCAGUGUGGCCUUGGGGCUCCAUGCCUCCCAGUCUCCCAUGAACAGCUGGGCCAGUGCACACUGGGCAGGAUGCUGGACAGAGCCUGUGUCCCUGUGGGGGUGUGAGUGCCAGCUGCAUCCCUGCUGGCCUCCUGCCAAGCUGCGGCUGUGUGGGGGUCCCAGCUGCUCUUCGUAAGCACCCACAGGGCCCUGCCAGUGUGCGCCUGGGCUGCGGGGGCCUGCUGCCCUGAGUGGCCAGCAGUGGGGGUGUGCGGGGACCUAAGAGCCGGGAAUUCUGCACAUGGCCCACAUGCAGAGUGGAGUGCUGUCCCACCCCUUGCCCUCUGAAGAAGGCAGCCUGAGCUGGACAAGCCCCUGCUGGGCAUGGGCCUCGUGUGGUGAGGCAGCAACAGCUGGGCACCCUCACCACCAGCUGCUGGUUUGCACUUUACCUUGGAGCUUUCCGAUUCUAGGUCAGUUGUGUUUGCAGGCUGUGGACUCACUUGGCCUUGCUGGCCUCGCUGUCCGCUGCGUGGGUUAUUUAUUUAUUUAAACACACUGGGGCCUUUUGGGGAUGACCCCACUGUCCACAGAGCCUGCUUCCUCGGAGGUCCCACACCCAGGCCCUGGGCUGCCUCUGGCUUCCAGGGCUCCCUAGUGAAUAAGCCCGUCCACAGAGUCCAGGUCAGGGCAGAGGCACUGUAGGGCACGGGGGGGGUCAGCUUGCCAGUGACCACUGUUCGGCUCAUGUCCCACACAGGCAGUGGGCCUGCCUGGACUCGGCAGCCCAACUCACCUGCCCGCCGAGGGCAGCCAGAGCCAAGCCAUGUGGAAGGCUGCUGCCUCGUCCCAGGAAGGGCCUGGGGAGCCGGGCUGCAGCUCUGCCUUGGCCAGCUUUUCCUUUGUGAACCUGCCUUGUCACUGCAGCCAUCCACAGUCGACUUCAUGGUUUCCUUUUAUAGAUCCCUUGUCUUUGUAUGACUUUGUUUGUAGAAUAAAGUCCUAUGAAACCUGA